AUGGCUAACUGGGAAGUGAAGAAACGCCCGGGAGAAAUAGAUGACGUUUAUUUCUGUGACACCAUGAGGAGGGAGCUGCAGCUGCUGAAGGAUGAAUACAAAAAGAAGACGCGACGGAAGCUCUUUUUAAAGUGCAUCCUUAAGACGGAGCUCCUUGUGGUGGCAAUUUUUUUGGCUCCCCUGUUGGCGUGCCCACUUUUUCUCAAGGACAACGACAUAAUCAGUUCACACUACCUGACGGCCUUGUUCGUCCUCAUAUCGUUGCUGCUCCUGCUGUUCGUCUUUCUCUACUACGAGAUUGAGGAUGCCCAAACGAACGAAUUUUUGAGAAAAAUAAACGAAGCUUCUAAAUUGUUGUCACCAAGAAACGUCUCCAAAAAAAAAAAGGAGGACGAUUGUCAUUUGACUUAUUUGUCCAGCUCUCAUUUUAUUUUCAUCCAGAGGAACAGAAGAUGGGAGCUGCUUCCGACGAAUCUGCUAAUCAAGCAGGACAUCUUCCUGCUGCGUGCCGGGGACCUCAUCCCCUGCAGAUGCGUGGAGUACAACAUGGACGAAUGCGCGUACGGGCGGCGCUACGAAAAAUAUGAGGUGUUCAUGCCCAUGGAUAAGGAUCACAUUAGCAUGAAUCUGCUGACGAAGCACGCGAAGGACGACAAGAGGGACUACCUACCCUCCUUCCACCUCUACUCCUUCGUGGCACAAGAAGACGUAUCCAUAUGCACCAUUAGAAAGUAUAUGCAGGACUCCACAGAUAGGAGCAAAAUUUCAAAGCAUAAGGGUAACCUGAGGAAUGUGAUCCUAACCGAGAAGAUACAUACGUUUUACCUGUACACGUGGGCGGUUCUCUUUUUCGUGUGUGUCAUGGCGGCGACGCUGUACUUCAACGACAUGAAAAGCCACGGGGAGGAUGUCCCCCACUUCAUCAUUAUGUACUUCCUGCUGUACAGCGUGCUGAUGUCGAUCACGAUGCUGCCCUUUUUCCACAGAAUCUUCUCUGAGCUGAUAUACGGAUACUGCUCCUCUCUGAACCUCAUCUAUGAAAGUUACUUUAAGGACGAGAUGAACUACGAGAGGAACUUUUCUUCCUCCUUCGACUUCUCCACGACGACAGAAGACACCUCCUAUGCAGACAAGAAGCGCUUCGGGUUGUUCUACACGCUGAAGAGCAUAUUUCUCCUAAUCAUUAAGGGCAUCAAAAUUGAUAAAUGCUACCUGAACAUACUGAGCGACUGUUCAGUGUUGUGUUUUCUAGACAGUAGCGGAAUCCUACUAGACAGCAACCACAGCAUCAAGGAGAUUUGCUUGUAUAACUCCAUGAACACAAAGAAGGAGGCCCCGUCAAGCUCGACCAUGACGAAGGGGGUACCAAGUCACCACAACUACAUCCUCACCGUUAUCGAUAUCCUCAUGGAUAAUAAGAGCAUGUAUGCUUAUCAGAGAAUUAAAAAUCGCAAAAUCCUUCACUCCCUCUUUUUGUUGUCCUACUACACGCAAGUUCCAAAAUAUCUGAGACUGCUGGACGAGUUCCAGAACAACAUCCUGAAUUACAUGAACCAGCUGGACUACAGCCACCUCUUCAUUUGUCUCUGCGAUAUUGGCAAUCUUUCGUAUCCCUACAACAAGUUUGUCUUCCACAAGCUCUUCCUCUGCGUGGAAAACAAAAGCAACUAUGAGCUAUACAGGAAGAAGAGCAGUGAGCUGAAGAAGCAUAGGAAGACCACGGGGGACGGUGACGAGCUGCCAUACCACGUGCACGAGAACGCCCUGGGCAUCAACAUUUACGACGCAGUCACAUCCAGGGACAACUUUGUGUUUGCCUUUAUCCUGUGCGAGAAGAAGAAGGACAAGUACCACCUCUUCCUGAAGGGACAACUGGACGCCCUAGUCAACAAGUGCAUGUUCUACUACGACGGGAAGGCAAUCAAGAGACUGAAGCGGAAGAAGAAGAAGGUGCUCCGCAUCCUUAACAUGCAGUGGAUCUCCUCAGGAAUCGAAAGCAUAUGCUUUGCAUACCGACCCCUGAGCACAGAAGAGAGGAACUACAUGAAGGAUAAUUUUAAAAAGAACAUAUACCUCCUUACGAUAAACAAGCGCAAAGUUUACCACCUGAGGAAUUUUUACAAUGAGAGUCCCUUCCCUGUGAAGGGGAAUGAGAAGUUCCUUUCGCACUUGCUGUCGACGAGCAUCUUCAUCGGCAACUCCGCAGUGAAGCUCAUGACGAACAGCGAAAUUCAGAUGAGGAUUAACGACUUCCAAAAUGUGGGUCUCCCUAAAAUGGCAGGAAUCCGCUUCGUGCAUUUCAGCAAAACGGAUCAAGCAAACACGAGGAACGUGUCGAACCUGUUGGGCAUGGAGACCAACUGGAACACGUCCAUUUCGCUGAGUCUGAACGAUAAAUCCAGCUUCAAAAACAGGGACGGGAAGGUCGUCAUCCCGAGCGGCAUCAACAACAUUAAGACGCACAUCCAGGAGGUGGACGACAUUCCGUUGCGAGUCUCGUCCUACUCAGGCUGCAACCAGUUCAACACGGCAGAGAUGAUCAGAAUUUUGCUGGAGAACAACGAAAUAAUAACCUGCGUUGGGAACAGCCUGAACUGCUGCAACUUCGAAGUGUACAGCCUGUGCAAUUAUUCCGUGUCGAUUCUUCUCCCUUACAAUAAUUCCUGUAAAGAUUGCCAGGGGAAAAGGGAGAGGAACACCCCAUUUGAUGAGCUGUCCACGAAGCAGAACCCCAUCAUAUCGUAUGCCUCCUUCGUGAAUACGCUUCCCUGCAAUUUGAUCAUAGAGAAGAGUCGACUGGACCUCUCAGAAAACAUCAUGGAGCUGGUAUACAAACUGCUGAAGAGUUCGAGGAUCCACAAGAAGAACGUCUCCCUGACCAUUUUUUUUUUUUACUUCUACUACUCCCAGUUGUCCUUCCUGUUGUUCCUCGUUUCGGUGUUCUUUCUGCCCCCCCUGAUCUCGGUCAUGGACUACCUCCUGUUCGUCCUGCUGAUAAUACCCCUCCUGUCAAUCGCCCUGCUGGGCAACGACAACAACAGCACCAUAAUGAACGAGAUCCCUGACAAGGUCAUUACGCGGGAGUUUUUGCUGAAGAGGCUGCUCUUCUACCUUAUCAGGUGGAUCCCCUACAUGCUCUCCUGCAUCACGCUACCUGUAUACUAUGUACAACUCAUUAACAAGCAGUUUGCGAGAGAGUACAUUUUGCAGUCCACCCUGAGCCAAGACGUGUUGAGAUCGUUGCAGAAGAAUUUCCUGGCGAAUGUGGCGCACCACUGCACGCAGAGUGUGCAACUAGGCUCCCUCUCCAAAUGCCAGCUGCUCCUGUAUUCAUUUUCCGACAAGGAGGCUAUGAAUCUCCGGCGAAACAUGACCGGUGUGAUGAUCAAGCAGACGCAGAUUUUUUUUUUUUUUGUUUUCUCCCUUUUGUUUUUUGUUUCUUCGCUGUCUCACAGUGACAGGUACGAACCCCUGUUCAAGCUCAGCUGCAUCCAUAACUCAAAAACAUAUUUCUCCUGUCUGUUCAUCUUCCUCAUUUUGAGUCUCCUAUACGUGGCUUUGCGUGUCUAUAUGCUCCCCCCCUACUACCUAAUUCAGUACCCUGAUGCGACUCUCAGCAUACUUAUAGUUAUUUUCUGCCUCAUCAUAUUUGUGACAAAUGAGACAUUGAAGAAAGUCGAGGCAAGGGUCAAAACGAACAGGCAGAAAUAUUUGAAGGUUCUGUUUGGCACCCGCCUGGGCAUGUGGAGCCCCAAGUGA